CUAUGCAGGUGCCGCCUUCACCCAUCAGCGCGCAGGCCUCACCGGACGACACAACCACCAUGGGCGAACCGCAAUCAAGAAAGCGGUCGCACAGUAUGAUGUCGCAGCAGGAGCCGAUGACGAUGCAGAGCGAGGUGCCCAUGCCUGCGCGCGCACCGUCUGUAGCGUCUCAAGGAGUCGCAGAAGCAUCGCCACGAGGCGAAUUUUCACCUCGUGGUUCGCGCGCAUUCAAGCGAGGCGAUCCGCCAGUCAACGCCAUGGGGAAGUACAUUUGCACCUAUUCCGAAGAGUGCACAGAUCAGAGCUUUGAUCGGAAAUGCGAAUGGGGUAAGCACAUGGACAAGCACGAUCGUCCAUAUCGCUGUCCACAUCCUUCGUGUGCCAAACUACAGGGCUUUACAUACAGCGGUGGCCUCUUGCGACACGAACGAGAAGUCCAUGGCAAACACGGCGGACCCAAAGCUCAAUUAAUGUGUCCUCAUCCGGAUUGCAAGCGACAUAGCGGCAAAGGCUUCACACGAAAGGAGAACCUGAACGAACACCUACGACGCGUGCACAAUGCGAAAGUAGAAAGCUCAGAGGAUCCAGCAAUGCAGAACAUGCAGUCGCAAAGCACAGAGGUCGCUCCCGGCGCUGACGAGGCUGAGACUCCAGCAUCUCUUGGGGCUGUACACGACCCGGCACUAAUGUCUUCUGUUGACGUCAAGUAUCAUAAAGACAGUUUGCCAGCGCUUCUGGAGCAAGCGUCUGCCGACCAGGAGAUCAAGCGCCUGCGACUCGAAAAUGAAAGCCUGAAGACGCGCAUUUUGGAGCUCGAGGCGAAUGAUAGCUUUAAGGAAGAACGAUUACGCAACCUUGAGAACACGAUUUCGCAACUUCACGUCAAAUAUCAGGCCCAAGCAGCUUCCGAGCAGCUACAAGCGGCGGAACAGCCCAUGGAAAACGGAAGCUAGGAGAGACGUCGGGAAAGGCCUACUCGAUUUCGAGAACAGAAUCAUGCUCCAUCGCAGGAACCAGCCCACCAGAUGUCAAAUGGAGGCAUGGAGAGCCAGAUUCGGGAAAGCUCAAAAGUGAGCGCUCACGACCAUAUAUGGGAAUAUGUUCACUGUGAUGUUGCCAAAAUUUUGGAGGAGAACCAAAAUAUCCAUGAAAUGCAUUCUCGGUGAAAGCCGUGUGUAUUGACUGGAAUGAGCUGCAACGAAUCACUCCCGGUGGGUCCUGAAGGGAUUGGCACCGAUCAAAUGGACGCUGCGAGUAUAGUGGACGCAGUCGGAGUGAGGCGCAGUUGGCUUGAUUGGGAGGAGGAAUAUUGCUGCCUGCUUGCUUCGAGAUUGCUCAGAUCAUCAUUCACUGCUCUAUACCCCAAACCUGCACGGUAGAGUGUAUUACUAGCG